CAUCGGCGGGCGUCGGCGCUUGCUUGCCUCCCUCUCUCUAUCCCUAUCCGGUUGCGUCCGGCACUCCGCCAGUGGCCCGGCGCGGCCCUAUUUACACGCCGCGCACGCGUCCACGACGACCCACACACCUCUUUCCUUCCUUCCCAAUUCCCGUUCCUACGGACAGGCAGACACGCAACAGCCCGACGCGCAUCUCGCUCGGGGAGCUCCGCCGCCGAUCCGCCCGCCCGCUCGCCCCCUCACUCGCCCGCCAUGGAGGAAGCCAAGGUUGUGGAGACCAGGGAUGGAACUAUCGCAGUUGCUUCAGCGUUUCCCGGUCAUCAGGAAGCCGUACAAGAUAGGGAUCACAAGUUCUUGUCGAAAGCUGUAGAAGAGGCGUACAAAGGAGUUGACUGUGGCCAUGGAGGACCGUUUGGCGCGGUCGUCGUCCGCAACGACGAAGUAAUAGUUGGGUGCCAUAACAUGGUUUUGAACAACACCGAUCCAACUGCCCAUGCUGAAGUCACUGCAAUAAGAGAGGCUUGCAAAAAGCUUGGGAAGAUUGAGCUGUCGGACUGCGAAAUGUACGCAUCAUGUGAACCUUGCCCAAUGUGUUUUGGGGCUGUUCAUCUAUCCCGGAUCAAGAGGCUGGUGUACGGAGCCAAGGCGGAAGCUGCUAUUGCCAUUGGAUUCGACGACUUCAUUGCUGAUGCUCUUAGAGGAACUGGGUUCUACCAGAAGGCCAACAUGGAGAUCAAGCGAGCCGAUGGGAAUGGAGCUCUGCUUGCUGAACAAGUCUUUGAGAACACCAAGGAGAAAUUCCGAAUGUACUAAUGUGUAGCAAAGACAUGGUAGAAUUUCACAGCAUGAAAGACCCUGAUGCUCAGAAAAAAUAAUGUAAUUGUCAACAUUCUGUCAUUGGUGAUGGACCACAAACUAUGAAUUUGAAUAUACCAUUUGAUUCUCAUUA